UUAUUUAUCUCGUAGCAACAACGGGUGUGGGACCAGGGGAAGGUUUGGUGAUGAGGGCGGUGCCGCGCGUUGCCAUGUGGCGCCAUGUGGCCACGAGAGGGCCCACAGCGAGGCAGUUGCUGCCAAAGCGGCGGUGAAGACGGCGGCCGUGCAGCAGCAGAAGCAGCAGUCGGGAGAUAAGUCGCCUCGGCCUUCUAACUACGCCGGCCUUCUUCUCACGACGCCGGCCUUCUUCUGCGAGCCUCGCCGCGAGCAGAAGCCACGAGAGCCGAGGGCGCUGUCGGGCUCGAGAUGGCGCGGCACAAGUCGGCCAACAGUUGAAGAGUUUGCGGGCGGGUGCCGGGCGCCCAUGGCGGCCUCGUCCUCGUCGCUGAGACGCGGGACCCGAGGCUGUGGCGAGAGGGGGGGACGAGGCGAGGGAAGGGGGCGACGAGGCGGCGGUGGCCGCGGUGGACGAAGAGGAGUCGAGGGUCGGCGUGGAGAAGUCGGCGGCCGGGCCAGCAAGGCCGAGCUCAGCUUCGUGGGGGCCCCGAGCCGCCCCCUCGCUGCCGCCCCCAGCGGCCCCCGUCGCCUCGGCCGAACCGCGCCCCCGCCUGGCCCUGGGAGGGCCCCCCACGGCCGCAUCGGGAGCCCCCCUUCGUGGGUGAUCUCGCAGUUUCCAGGCGGACUGGGGGACCGUCCUUUGGGAGGCACAGGCCAGUGUGGAAGCCGCAUCCCACAUCGCAGAGCGCCUACGGCAGUGGCCACCGGGAGGGCCAUCCCCUCCGGCCGGUUCCUGCCACUGCAGUUCCUCGUUUGCAGCAGCAACAACAGCGGCAGCAGCAGCAGCAACAACAGCGGCAUCCAUCGUUUGCCUGGAGCCCGCAACUCGAAGGCCGCCUCUGUUGUCUGUGCAGCUGUCGGCUGUGAAGCUUCUGAGACAUCUACGCCCGAGACAUCUCCUCCGUCCGUGACGUGUGGGGAAUCUCCAUGCGUGAGAUCUCCCCGUGUCGCCCCAGAUUUUCAGCCAAGGUCUUCGAGUUUAGAGAGGAAUGCUGGGAGCAGACGGUGUAGGAGUUCGGAAAGUGGGCAGAGAAAAACAUCGGAAAACGCUCACUGCAACAACGGUUUAACAAAGGUUCAGUUGACGAGCUUGACUGCAAUUCACGGAAAUUUUUCAGUAAACGGUCACAUGAUAAACUCCAAAAAUAGUCACUGUAAAGAUGUUUUAAAUAGCCACUCCAGAGAUUCUGUAAAUGGCCAUGUACUAUAUUCUGAACAAAGUCACUUGAGAAAUUCACAAAACAGUCCCUGCACCAACUUGGAAAAUGGUCGCCCCAGAGGUUUGGAAACCGGGGCCUCGCAAAUCGGCCACAGAAAUCACGGCGAGCGAGCGUCGGGAGCGCGCGACACGCGGGCGGACGACAGCGGCCUGAGGCUGCUGCUGGACCUGUCGGCGCCCUCCGUGUUGACCCCAGACUGCAGCCACCACCUUCCCGCGGACAACCUGGCGGCCAUCGACGUCGGUCGCUCUCCGAGCGGCGCAACGCAACGUUGGGGGGGACGCGGCGAGGGGAAGACGGCGAGGGGGACGACGCUGCCGCUGCGGCGGCUGCUGCUGCUGGAUGACCCGGAGGACGACUCGAGCCCCCCCACGGGGGGCCCCGUGCUGGCCGAGGACACUCCCGAGGAGAUGCGGGUUAGGUCGGGGGUCGCGUUGCGCCGUCGCAGGAGGGGAUGGGCAGCCGGGGGGUGUGUACCGCGGGGGCCACCCAGAUGUAUAAUUCGCGACCUUGGCGCGGCGCUUCAGGUGGAGGAAGCGGGGGCUAGACAAUCUGUCCCAGGUUUUACAAUCUCAACGUGUGUACACGGGGAGUAGUCCAUGAUACUGAUUGAAUUACAAGAUCGAUUGUUGCUGCUGCUGCUGUUGCACCAGUGUUGGGCUCAACAAGGGCGGUUUUCCUGGGAAUCCGCGUGGACUGUGAGCGCACCGUCUGGUAGAGAAAGCCGUGAGGGUGAAGCUACUGCGAUCGCAUUUCAGUUUGUCAAUGAAUCCAUCUGCCUUGUCACCUGAGACUGCGAAACCGCCAGGAUUGGAGUUUGUAGCUUCCUCAACCCGAUUUGACAUGGCUCGCUACAUCGCUGGUGGAGCUCCUUUGUAACCACGCUUCAUAUAUCAAUCUUGCGCCGUGUUAGCACCCAGUAGUGUGGUAUUAGUCGCGACUUAGGCUCUGCUCCUGGGAAAUCCCAAGCGUGGCUGGGACCACGUUCGGAGCCGACUCAAGUUAAGCACGUGGCUUUGAGCCAGAGCCGAGCCAGAGCCAAACACUGACUCGGAGGCAGGGCUGCCUUGUCGACUGAUAUAAAACCAAACCAUUGCAAGGCUCUACGAUAUUAGUUGCACUUAUUGGACAGGUAAUGCAUCGUUGAAAAUUUAUAACAUGGGCUGUACAAGUAGGUGAUGGCAGGUGCAUUUACAAAUUCAAAUGCUAUUUUAUGUUUAUAUCAAUGUAAAAGCAUCCCUAUCAGUUUUUCCAAUUGUCCUACGGUUAUACUGGAUCCCAUCAUAGUAAUGUGGAAUUUCCAACGACGAUUAAGGCUGUAGAUGGGGGGGGGGGGGAGUGCCACCCCAUGGCCAGCGGAGCUGGAAACCGGUUUGAGCACCUUUGGCAAUGACCGAACGAGCCAGUUGGUGGCGGUGGUUGAGAAAUAUUUUACAUUUCCCGUGAGAGUGAAAUGGCACCACCCGUAGUUGAUAUUGAACUCGGUCUUCCACUAACUAAAGUCUCGCUCUGGAGGUUUCCAGAUUUUCGGAUUAAUCUGCAAUUUCUGAAAACGGCCUGAGAUACAACAUUUUUGGAUGACCCUAAAUACCAUUAUCACGUGACGUGACAUCAACGCUGCUCUUCCUGCAGAAAUAGGGUGUCAGGUGGCAUCAGGUGAUGUCGAGGGAGGAAAACGCGUUAUUACAUCAUGGAAGCAGAACGAAAAUACAAAGUCUAUUUUUUUCAAACUCACUGCUACACUGCAGUCGGCACGUGAUUGUUCCGGGGUAAUGUGAGGGAUGGCUUUGCUGUGUAAUCCACGCAUUAUUGUUUAACCGUGAAUUAUUGAAUGCUGGUGCAGGUAUUUUAUGCACGUGUUGGCGGGCCCUCACCAGUGCACACCAACCAGCUUGGGGCAUUACGGUUACAUAACCCGCAUGGGGAGGUCACUCGUCCAGCAGUGGCUGGACAAAGGGGCCCUGCACCUGCACAGAAUAACCAGCAGCAAGUGGUGCUCAGCUCCAUUAGAUGAGAAAUCGGUGGAAAUUACACAUUACUAUGACAGGGGCCCAUCCUAGUGGAUCAACCACUUCCCCUCCCCCCACCUAUUCAAUGGUGCUCGCGAUAUGCAUGCUAGUGACCAUGGAGAGAUGAUGACCCUGGCUUGGAAUAGAACCUUCAAGCAAUUACAUUUGAGGUCCUCUGCUGUCCAAUCCAAGUGUUCUCUAAACCUGAAUUAUUGGCAACUCCACACGGAUUCAAAGAGUCGGGAAUGACGCUGUGUGUGUGUAUCUUUUUUACACUUUGUAUUUUUUUACCAAAUGUUUGUAAAAUUAUUUUUUGAACGUGAUAAUUCUGUGAUGUGGAUGAUAUUGUUUAAUUAUUUGUUCAUUUGCACAUUAAAGCCACUAUUAAAUUAAGCCGAUGGAUUUUGUAAAUGGAA